AUGCUCGGGCCCCGGCGGAUUAUAAGGCAGCCCCGCGGGCCCGGCCCGACAAAGUGCUGGCGAGCUGCGACUUGGGUAACGGCCCGCGGCGGCGCUGGGCGCGGACCCCGCGGUGCCCCUGCCGCCCUGGCGGGUGGGAGGGGGCCUCGGGACUGGGGCGCAGACCUGGGUCUCGGGGGAAGAAGGCGGCCCGGCAGGGGCAUCGUGGCCGCGGGCAGCCGCGUAGCUUCGGAACGCGGCGUUGGGGAAGGAGACCUUGAGGCGAUGGGGACAGUGCCUUCCCUCGCCCGGCGGGGCUGCGGCCCCGUAGUCAGCGGUUUUUAACCUAGGAUCUGCAGAUUGGUCUUCCAUGGUCAAUGGAAUUCAGGGGGUCUCUGAACUUGCGGAAGAAAAAAAAUUACAUCUUCUCAUUAACUUCUACAUAAAAUCUAGUUAUUCCAACUAUGAAUGUAGGCAACAAGCAAUGAGU